GUAAGGCAAGCAGCCCUUGGACCGCAGCAACUGAGCAGAGUAAUGGGAGAAACAAUAAUACCUUUCAAAAACCUCCAUAGCAGAGAAUAUCAGGGACACAAGAAGAAGGUGCAUUCAGUGGCAUGGAACUGCAGUGGCACGAAACUUGCCUCAGGUUCUGUUGAUCAAACUGCUCGUAUUUGGCAUAUUGAGCCCCAUGGCCACGGUAAGGUGAAAGAUGUUGAAUUAAAGGGUCACUCUGACAGUGUGGACCAGUUGUGUUGGGAUCCCAAACAUGCGAAAUUGAUAGCUACAGCAUCUGGUGACAAGACAGUUCGAUUAUGGGAUGCUCGUAGUGGGAAAUGCUCACAGCAAGUUGAGCUCAGUGGGGAAAAUAUCAAUAUCACUUACAAGCCUGAUGGGACACAUAUAGCUGUUGGGAACAGGGAUGAUGAGCUAACAAUAUUGGAUGUUCGCAAGUUUAAGCCUAUUCAUAAGCGCAAGUUUAAUUACGAGGUAAAUGAGAUUGCAUGGAACAUGAGUGGUGAUAUGUUCUUUCUUACAACUGGAAAUGGAACUGUGGAAGUCUUAUCUUAUCCGACUCUACAACCUGUUGACACACUUAUGGCUCACACAGCUGGUUGUUACUGCAUUGCAAUUGACCCACUAGGAAGAUAUUUUGCUGUUGGAAGUGCUGAUUCAUUGGUCAGCCUUUGGGACAUUAAGGACAUGCUCUGUCUUCGAACAUUCACGAAACUUGAGUGGCCUGUUAGGACAAUAAGUUUCAAUAACACAGGAGACUACAUUGCCUCUGCUAGUGAAGAUUUGUUUAUUGACAUUGCUAAUGUCCAAACUGGACGGUCUGUUCACCAGAUUCCAUGUCGUGCUGCUAUGAACAGUGUGGAAUGGAAUCCGAAAUGCAACUUGCUUGCCUAUGCUGGGGAUGACAAAAACAAGUACCAGGCUGAUGAAGGUGUGUUUCGCAUAUUUGGCUUUGAGAGUGCGUAGAGCAAGGAAAAAUCCUUUUUUUUUCCUCUUCAAGGAUUUAAGAAGAAAGAGACGUCGGAGCACUGGAAGUGUUUCCAAAUUAUUAAAUGCUAUCCCAGUUCCAGUGAAAGUCUUUUUUUAAUGUAAAGAGAAGAAGAGGUCAAUUUGUUUAUCUGUAACAUGAUACUUGAAACCCAAGUAGCAAGUUCCUUACACAUUUAUGAAACAGACAUUUUAGAAGA